AUGGGAGUUCAUGGCAUUACAGGUUCACUCUCUCUUCCCCUUGUUUUUCUCUUCCUAGUCUCCUCAUCUCUCCCUUCUCUCACCAUCUCCGCCUCCUCCUCCGUCCGCUGUCAUCCCGACGACAAAACAGCCCUUUUAAAAAUCAAGCAGUCCUUUACCUCAAAAUUCCCUUCAGACGUAACCCCCUGGGAUCCCAACACCGACUGCUGUGACUGGGGCUACGUCCAAUGCGACGAUCAAACCAAUCGCGUCAACGUGCUCAACAUUUUCAAUACUGGCAUGGAUCGAAUACCAGAAGCUAUCGGCGACCUUCCCUACCUGGAAAUUUUACAGCUCCAGCGAGUCACCAAAAUUAGCGGCUCCAUCCCCUACUCCAUCACCAAGCUUCAGAACCUCAAAAUCAUCCGCAUGUGGAGAAUCAAUCUCUCUGGCUCCAUUCCCGAAUUCCUCACCCAACUCAAGAACCUCGAGUCCCUCGACUUGUCCUACAACCGGCUCUCGGGUCCCAUUCCGGCUUCCCUAGCAAAUCUGCAAAAACUGCGUUACCUUUACCUCGACUGGAACAAACUGACAGGACGCAUACCUGACUCAUUCGGGAGAUUCAAUACCACAGGUGGUUUCUCUCUUGAUCUAUCGAACAACCUUCUGUCUGGUGAGGUCCCUGCUUCGUUAGCAGAAUUCAACUACGUUUCCAUCGACCUCUCCUACAACAAGCUCGUGGGUGACGUGUCCGUUUUGCUCAGAGAGAACGGAGCGGCCCAAAAUGUGUAUCUGUCGAAUAACCUGUUCGACUUUGAUCUCUCCAAGGUGAGAUUUCCAAAGAACUUGUCGUUUCUGAAGCUGUCGCACAAUAGAAUUAGAGGAAGCAUUCCGGAGCAGAUCACCGAGCUGCCUUCGUUGCAAGUGUUUGACGUAAGCUAUAAUCGGUUAUGUGGGAGGAUUCCGGUGGGUGGGAACGUGCAGAACAUAGCUGUGGGCUACUUUAUUCAUAAUAAGUGUUUGUGCGGACCGCCACUCCCCAACCAGUGUAAGUAA